ACAUUUCAACAGACUCAGGUGGCAGUCCUUGGUGAAAUUUGGCGCCGGGGUCAGAGAGUUACACCGAGUCUGGUGGGUGUUGUUGUUUCACCACCUGUUGAUUUUUAUCGGGACUAAUCAUGUUGCCAUUGGGGACACUGCGUAAACGCAUCGAGCCAGUGGUCCUUUGUGCCCAAAUAGCGAGCGCGUUUUUCGACACCGGCUUGCAGAUGGUGGUAAAAGAGCAAUGCGCCAUUGCGACCGAUGCGCUUAAUCCAACCCCCACUGAGGACAGCCGGCAGAAAGCUAUGUCCAACUUUUACAUGAUAUAUAAUAUGCUGUCCAAGUUCGUUCCGAUCCUACCCGCCAUUAUCUUAGCCAAGGUAGGUGACCUGGGGUACCGGAAGAUCCCCAUCGUGAUCCCUCUGGUUGGUUACCUGGUCUCCAGAGUGGUCCUGCUCCUGGUCAUAGUGAUGGAUCUCCCGAUACAGGCUAUGUUCGGCGGGGUGGUGGUCCACGGACUCAGCGGCGGGUUCUGCUCCUACUGGGCCGGGGUCAUGGCCCUAGUGUCGCUCACCUCCACCGAGGAGGACCGCUCUCUCCACAUGAUGCAAAUGGAGCUGGUCUAUGGCAUAGCUGGACUCAUCGGUAGUUUGGUGUCUGGGCACCUCUUCCAGUUAUACAGUGUGGACUUUAAACAGGGGACAGUGUUAGUGAGCCUGAGUGUCUUCCUCUACUUUGUGUGUCUCGUCUACACAAUGUUUAUCUUUCUAAUGCCAACUGUCUCGCCAAGCGCACAAGAGCGCAAUGAGACCAACGGUAUCGACACGCAAUAUUCCAAAAAUAUUCUGAACAUUCUGCUUCUUUUUGCGGGUGGGAUUCUAUAUGACAUGGCGGUGGGAGGAGGAAUGGAGAUACUGGUGACCUUUGAGAUGAAGGAGCCACUGAACUGGAAUGCCACCCAGGUAGGUUACGGUAACGCCGCUGGAUUCCUGGUCUUCCUGACGAGCUUCCUGGGUGUCAUGGUAAUGUCCAGAUGGGUGAGUGACGUCACCCUCAUCAUCAUCGGCAUGGUGUCCUUCGCUGCCGGGAUCUACUUCAUGGCCUUCGUCACAACAACAUACAUGUUCUAUCUGGCACGAGCCCUCACGCUGUUCGCCCUGAUUCCCAUGCCCACCAUCCGUGCCCUACUGUCUAAACAGGUCAACGGCUCGUCAUAUGGGAUCACCCUCAUCUCACUGCAGCUAUCCUUUAAGAUCGCCAGCCUGGCCUACACUCCCAUCUACACCAAGGUGUACCAGGCUACGCUGGACUGGUUUCCCGGGUUCGUCUUCACCCUGUCCAGCAUCUUCACCGUCCUCGCCACCAUACCUGUCAGCGUGGUGGGCUGCAGAGCUGGCCGGGCUGACGGUUAUGAAAGGAUCCCGGGGGACUGAGGGUGGUGAUGUCAUCGUGUCACCACGUCAGGCUGAGACAAUACUGCACUUUAACGAGCCUUUGUUUGAAUCCCAGCCUGAGACUGAGCCAAUGGACAUGAACUGAAGGGGUAUUAAUGAGAAGAGUGUUGACAUUCUCCAGAGGUUGACUGGUCCACUGCCUACUACCCAUGGCUUUAAUAUAGAAUAAUCAUAGACUGAUCCACUGCCUACUACCCAUGGCCUUAAUAUAGAAUAAUCAUAGACUGGUCCACUGCCUACCCAUGGCCUUAAUAUAGAAUAAUCAUAGACUGAUCCACCGCCUACUACCCAUGGCCUUAAUAUAGAAUAAUCAUAGACUGGUCCACUGCCUACCCAUGGCCUUAAUAUAGAAUAAUCAUAGACUGGUCCACUGCCUACUACCCAUGGCCUUAAUAUAGAAUAAUCAUAGACUGAUCCACUGCCUAUUACCCAUGACCUUAAUAUAGAAUAACCAUAGACUGAUCCACUGCCUACUACCAGUAAUCAUAGACUGAUCCACUGUCUACUACCCAUGGCCUUAAUUUAGAAUAAUCAUAGACUGGUCCACCGCCUACUACCCAUGGCUUUAAUAUAGAAUAAUCAUAGACUGAUCCACUGCCUACCCAUGGCCUUAAUAUAGAAUAAUCAUAGACUGAUCCAAUCAUCACAUAAUGUAUGCCAUUUAGCGUUCAGUUACGUAUGAGUGGCGUUGCCAGCCCCAGGCUAUAUACCGACUGAGACACACACUUCUUCUGUGCACUGUCAAGACAAGCUGAUUGUACAAUAGUUUCUAAAGACAACACCCUGAUCUAUUUCACCUGUCUUGUGCUUGUCUCCACCCCCCUCCAGGUGUCGCCUAUUUUCCCCAUUAUCCCCUGUGUUUUUAUACCUGUUCUCUCUGUUUGUCUGUUGCCAGUUCGUCUCGUCUUGUCAAGCCUGCCAGCGUUCUUCCCAUACUCCUGUUUUCUCUCUAGUCCCUGUUUUAUAGUUUUCCCGAUUUUGACCGUUCUGCCUGCCCUGCCCGUUGUUCUGUACCUUGUAACACUGCCCUGGAUUCCUGACCUCUGCCUGCCCUUACCGCUGUUCUGUACCUUGUAACACUGCCCUGGAUUACUGACCUCUGCAUGCCCUGCCCGCUGUUCUGUACCUUGUAACACUGCCCUGGAUUACUGACCUCUGCCUGCCCUUGACCAAUCAUUUGUUUUUGUAAUAAACUUUUGUUACUUAGAACUGUCUGCAUCUGGGUCUUAUCCUGAGGUCUGAGCAUAUGAACUGGCCACUAUCAGACCUCAUGUCUCAAGGAUAAAAAAUCCUUCAUUAACCGGUUUCCUCCCCUGAAUCUACACUGAUUGGAGUGGAUUUAACAAGUGACAUCAAUAAGGGAUUAUAGCUUUCACCUGGAUUAAGAUGGUCAGUCUAUGUCAUGGAAAGAGCAGUUGUUCUUAAUGUUUUGUAUACUCAGUGUAUGUCGCAAGUAAAAGUCUUGGGUGGCGAGUUGAUACUAUUCCAAGUCUGGAAAGUUAAAACCUCCCUCAGAUUCAGGGACAUGUGUAAAACGUUCUUAUUUAUUCUAUGGGUUUUAUAUGAAGUCUGUUAUGGCCAGGUUUACUUUUGUAAAGAAUGUCUUCAGUGGGGUAAUUGGUACUCCCAUUAAAUCAAUAUGAAACCUUUUGGAGCCAUGCCAUUCUAAAAAGGUGUGUUCUACCUGUAAGAUUUAUGGGGAGGUAAUUAAAUGUACUUAGGUCUGCUUUCAUUUUUUUUUAGUAAUGAGAUAACUUUAUCUUUAUUUAGAUUUGUUGUUGUCACUUAUUAAGCAUUCUAAGUAUUUUAUAUUUGUUGUUUGUUGUCACCUAUUAAGCAUUCUAAGUAUUUUAUAUUUGUUGUUUGUUGUCACUUAUUAAGCAUUCUAAGUAUUUUAUAUUUGUUGUUUGUUGUCACUUAUUAAGCAUUCUAAGUAUUUUAUAUUUGUUGUUUGUUGUCACUUAUUAAGCAUUCUAAGUAUUUUAUAUUUGUUGUUUGUUGUCACUUAUUAAGCAUUCUAAGUAUUUUAUAUUUGUUGUUUGUUGUCACUUAUUAAGCAUUCUAAGUAUUUUAUAUUUGUUGUUUGUUGUCACUUAUUAAGCAUUCUAAGUAUUUUAUAUUUGUUGUUUGUUGUCACUUAUUAAGCAUUCUAAGUAUUUUAUAUUUGUUGUUUGUUGUCACCUAUUAAGCAUUCUAAGUAUUUUAUAUUUGUUGUUUGUUGUCACUUAUUAAGCAUUCUAAGUAUUUUAUAUUUGUUGUUUGUUGUCACUUAUUAAGCAUUCUAAGUAUUUUAUAUUUGUUGUUUGUUGUCACUUAUUAAGCAUUCUAAGUAUUUUAUAUUUUUUUGUAGUAAACUUAAAAGGUUUGCUGUAGAUUCUUCCUAUUGACAUUAAUUCCACGUUCAUUUUAAAUCCUGAGAUUUAAUACGGAUUUUGUUUUUAACAAAGGGGUCACUGAGUUUUCAGUAUUAGAGUCAGGUAUAUCAGGAGAUCGUCAGGAGAUAAGUUUAGUUUAUAUUCAUAUUUACCAAUACUGGUACCUGUUACAUUUGGAUCCUGUCUAAUUCUUACUGGAUGUGGUUCAAUUGCCAGUCCAAACAGGAGGGGGGAGAAGGGACGUCCCUGCCUUGUGCCCCUUUCUAAAGAAAUUUCAUAAGAUAAUGGCUUAGUUUUGUAUAUUUUAGCUUUAUGAUUUUUGUAUAAUAUUCGUAUGAAAUGUAUUAUUUCAGCUGGAGAGAUGAAUGCUUCCAAAGUUUUUAAUAUAAGAGUCCACACAAGACGGUCAAAAGCCUUUUCAGCAUCAACAGUCAUGUUUUUUUUUUGCAUAUUGUAUAAUACUAAAACAUGUUAUUGUAUUUGUUUGUUUUGUUUUUUAAUAAACCCUUAAUAUGUAUCAAGUACUUUCUAUUGUUUAUAAGUUUCAUUAUUAUUUUAUUGUUGCCAAUUUCUAAAAAUGAAUCUUUAAUCUGCAGAGGAAUCUGGUUUUAAUAUGACUGAAAUAACCAUUUGAUACAUGGAUAUUGGAAGUACUGAAUUAAGUGUUGUCCAUUUAAAAAAAAAUUUUUUUUAUAAAUAAUUAUAUGGGGAAAGACCUGGUUCUUUUCUCUGAGCGAAUGUUUUAACAGUCUAUUAUUUAUUUUUGGGUGAUUUUCAUAUUUUUUUUUUUAACUAUCUGCUGAUAAUUGCUUCAGGGUUGUUGAGUCUAAGAAGGCUGUAGGAUCAGUUAUCAUUUAAUUCUGAUUUAUAUUGACUUUCAUAGAAGCUUUUAUAUUUUUUUACAAUAUUAAUAGCAUUGUUUCUAAUUAAAGCAUUUGCAUCAUUAUCUUU